AUGUACUUAGCGUACUAUCUGGCUACCGGAGAUACAUUUUAUACAAUAGGCCAUAGUUUUAGAGUCGGGUUUUCGACUGUAAGUGCCAUAGUUGUAGAAGUUUGUGAAGCUUUAUGUAGAAAUUUCCAACAUAUUUACUUGCCCGAACCAACUACAGAAAUAUGGAAAAAAUCUGAAGAAGGUUUUAGAAAUACCUGGCGAUUCCCAAAUUGUAUUGGUAGCAUCGAUGGCAAGCAUGUUACUAUCAAGUGUCCAGACAAAACAGGAUCUAAUUAUUGGUGUUAUUUGAAUAAGUUUUCUACAGUAUUAAUGGCUAUUGUUGGCCCAGAUUAUAGAUUCAUUUCAGUUGAUAUUGGCGGUUUUGGUAAAAACAGCGACGGUGGAAUAUUCGAAGCUUCCAACAUGGGAAGAAGAUUUGAAACAAAUCAGAUGGGUGUACCUGAGCCGAAAAAUCUCCCAGGCCAGAAUGAACUUUCCCCCCAUGUCUUAAUUGGAGACGAAGCCUUUGCACUAAAACCAUACUUGUUGAGGCCCUUUCCAUACAGUCAAAGCAGAACAGAUAUUUUCAAAGAAAAUUAUAAUGUGAGGCUCUGUAAAGCGAGAAGAGUGGUAGAAAACGCUUUCGGAAUAUUGGCACAAAAAUGGCGUAUAUUCUACAGACCAAUGGAAACAAAAAUUGAUACUAGUAUUCUCAUUGUGAAAACUGCAUGUAUUUUGCAUAAUUUUCUAAGGACAAAAAAAUGUGAUGAUAGAUUCAUAGAACUUUUAGAUCCACCAGAGCCUGAACUUGGAGCAUUUCAAAAUUUGGACAAUGACCCAAGGAGAGCUGCAAGACUGGCAUUUUCUGUUCGAGAAAAAUUUCCCACGUGCGAAUCUUCUAAAGAAAUCUGGGAAGAAAACCCAGAUACUGUUGGAUUUAUCCUAGCUAUAACACUACAUUCCAUGCAGAUAUUAUGUGUGUUACACUCACAGCAUGAUCCAGAAAACAACACAGCUGAACAUUGCCUGGAUACAUUAAAACAAAAACUCUCCGUUUAUUCAGGCCGUCUAAGGAGAUACAAAGUCAGUAACAACCGAAAAUGCGACAACAUACUCUUUGAGCAUUCAGAGAAUGCGUUUUAUAGAAAACUUAACUCCACUGUAGAAAAUGAAAAUAAAGUAUACCCAAGUCAAGAAGAAAUUCAUGAGUUUUGGGGAAACCAACUUUCAACGCCAGCUACUCAUAACAACAAUGCUGGGUGGAUUGAAGACACGACGAACAACUGUCAACAUUACAAUAAUAUUCCUUACGAACCUUUCACCACUGAAGAAGUCUCGAAUACUAUCAAAGAGCUUCACAACUGGAAAUCUCCUGGCACGGACGGAGUCCAAAACUUCUUUAGUCAGAGUGCACAGGCUGAAUCAUCUACUUUACAUCGUGCAAUCUGCGCAGUAGAUGACUCAACGCCGCUUAAACUGAGGGACAAGAAAUGCGCAUAA